GAAAAAAGAAAAACAUGGCGACGGGUUUCGGCGAGCUCGUGUUGGUGGUUGGGGACAGCCACAUCCCGAAUCGAGCCUCGGAGAUUCACGAGAAGUUUCAGAAGAUGCUGGCUCCUAACAAAAUGCAGCAUGUCCUUUGCACGGGUAACGUGGGGACCAAGGAACAGUUCGACGAGCUGCGCAAUCUGGCACCAAACGUCCACGUCGUGGUGGGAGACUGCGACCAGGAAGGAGCAUACCCUGAGACAAAGGUCAUUACAAUCGGCCAGUUCCGAAUCGGGCUGUGUCACGGACAUCAGAUCGUCCCGUGGGGUGACCAACUAAGCCUCGCAGCUCUACAGCGAAAGAUGAACGUAGACAUUUUAGUCACUGGACACACCCACGUGUGA